GGGAGAGCCGGAAGAGCCGCGGACAGAGGGAGAGCAGAUACCUGUAACGCAACUGGUUCCCCAUCAAACCCAGAGCCGGGAGCGGGCACCAUCCACCGGGGCAACUUUAAAAACCCAGUCCAGACUCUGGUCGCGGCUCCGUUUGUCGUACACGUUUGUGUGGCAGAGGCUCAGUAAAGAUGUGGAAGGCAGCAGCAGGACAGUCAGUCAAAGUGGCUGCAGAUGAUGGAGGGGACGACUGGGAGACCGACCCUGACUUUGAGAAUGACGUAUCAGAGAAGGAGCAGCGCUGGGGGGCCAAGACGGUGGCCGGUUCAGGACACCAGGAGCACAUAGAUAUCCACCAGCUGCGUGAGACGGUGUCGACGGAGCACACCUCCUUGAAGCAGAAGGAGAUGGAGACGAUGCCAAAGGCCUCUCAUGGAUAUGGGGGAAAGUUUGGAGUUCAGCAGGACCGCAUGGACAAGUCUGCUGUGGGUCACGAUUACCAAAGCAAGUUGUCCAAGCACUGCUCCCAGACAGACACGUCCAAGGGCUUUGGAGGAAAGUUUGGUGUGCAAGCGGACCGUGUUGACCAGUCUGCCGUGGGCUUCGAGUAUACCGGGAAGACGGAGAAACACGCUUCGCAGAAAGACUACACCACUGGGUUUGGGGGGCGAUACGGAGUGCAGGCAGAUCGUGUCGACCAGAGCGCAAUGGGCUUCGAUUACCAGGGCAAAACCGAGAAACACGAGUCCCAGAAAGAUUAUGCGAAGGGCUUUGGUGGCAAGUUUGGUGUUGAGACCGACAAGGUGGACAAAAGCGCUGUGGGCUUCGAGUACCAGGGCAAAACGGAGAGACACGAGUCGCAGAAAGACUAUGUGAAGGGCUUUGGAGGCAAGUUCGGCGUGCAGACGGACAGGCAGGAUAAAUCCGCCCUGGGAUGGGACCAUCAGGAGAAACUUCAGCUCCACGAGUCUCAGAAAGACUAUAAGCGUGGGUUUGGAGGGCAGUAUGGGGUAGAGGUGGAGAGGCAGGACCAGUGUGCCCUGGGCUAUGAGCACAAGGAGAGCCUGGCCAAGCACGAGUCCCAGAAAGAUUAUUCUAAAGGCUUUGGAGGGAAGUUUGGUGUCCAGAAUGACCGGAUGGAUAAGAGUGCAGGGACGUUUGAGGACGUGGAGAAGCCGACUCCAUCUUACCAGAAAACCAGGCCUGUGGAAGCUGCCGGCAGCAGCACAGGAAGCAUCAAGGCCCGCUUCGAGAACAUCGCCAAGCAGAAGGAGGAGGAGGACAGAAAGAGAGCGGAGGAGGAGCGAGCGCGUCGCCAGGCCAAGGAGAAGCAGGAGCAGGAGGAGGCGCGCCACAAAAUGGAAGAGACGCCCAAGGCCGCGUCUCCUGCCCCUGCUGCGAGUCCCAGUCCCACUCCCAGCCCAACUCCACCUGUCCAGCCGGCUGCGGCACCGGCGUACCACAGCACAGAAGAAGCUUCCUACGAUGCUGCUGAGGAGAACGGAGAGCAGCUGUACGAGGCUGAGCCACAGAACCAGUACGCUCAGGAAGAGGACCUCUACCAGACCCCUGAGGAGACAGCAGCAGGAGACGGGCAGCAGUAUGAGUACAGCGAGGACCUCGGGGUGACAGCGGUGGCUCUGUAUGACUACCAAGCAGCUGGCGAUGACGAGAUCUCUUUCGACCCCGACGACAUCAUCACCAACAUCGAGAUGAUUGACGAGGGCUGGUGGCGAGGCGUGUGCAGAGGCGCCUACGGCCUUUUCCCGGCCAACUACGUGGAGGUUCGGCAAUGAUGCCCCUCCCCCCCGCCAAGAUGACCCGUCUCUGUGUCCCUGUGCUACAAAAAAAAAAAAAAAAAAAAGAGGAAGGAGACGAGUUCAGAUCCCCUGUCCUUUUCACACUUUGGUCUUUUCUCUCUUCACCUCAUCUUAGUGCUUCGACACUGUGUGAGACAUCCUCAGGUCUCCUGUCUCUGCCGCCCCCGCCCCCCCCCCCCCACUUUCCCAUUUUCAGAUCACUUUGUUUCUCUCUGUGCAGCAGUGGAGUUAUUUAGAAUGACUCAGUACUAAGAGAACGUAUAGAACUCAUUAUCUGGGCUUUAAAAAGGCACUAAGCUUUGCUCUGCACCUCCUCUGCUGUGGGAUAGUUAAAGCUGCAGGGUGUAACUCGGGCCGGUGACCGCACAAGUUGCAUUCUGCAGCUUUAAAUUUUAUUUUUAUUUUUCAGAAACAGUUUCAAGUUCAGCCUCACACAGUUCUGAUCAGGUGUAGUUGAUUCUUUGAGUCUGACCAAAGACCAGAGCAAUGACAGAAACGAGCUCGAAAUGUCUCAAAUGAGUCUUGUGGACAGGACUCAGGGUGCUCACCGUUCAGCAGCUCAACCUUAACGUCAGCAGGAGCAGUUUAAAGUGAAAAAGGAAAAAAAAAACACUCCUCUCUGGAUGAUUGACAGCUAUAAACUGUCCAGAACAUUGACGAUGGACCAAGAAGCAGAUAAGAGCCUUUGCUUC